AUGCCCAGGGGACAGAAGAGUAAGGCCCGUGCUCGUGAGAAACGCCACCAGAUCCGAGCUGAGGCCCAGGGGCUCAAGGAUGCUCAGGCUGAGACAGCAAAGAAAGGAGAGUCACCUUCCUGCUCUGAUCAAGCUUCUGGAGAUGUUGUUCCCAGCACUUCUACUGCUGGCCUCCCUCAGAAAUCUCAGGGCGUGGUACACACAACCUCUGCUGGCAGAGGAGUGGCCCACAGAAGGUCUGGUAAAGGUGCCAAGGGCCAAGGGGAUGAAAAUGAAAACCCGUCUAGGGCUCCAUUCUCCUUUGAGAGCCUAAAAAAUGAUCUUGUAACAAAGAAGACGAGAAUGCUGAUGGAGUACAUGAUCUGCAGAUACAAAGUCAAUAAGCCCAUAAGGAAGGGAGAGAUGCUGAAAGUUAUCAACAGAGGUUUCAAGGAGCAAUUCCCUGAUAUCUUCAAGAAAGCUGCCUAUCGCUUAGAUAUACUUUUCGGCCUUGAGUUGAAAGAAACCCAGCCCAAUGGUCAAUCCUACAUGAUUACCAGCAAGUUAGAGUUCCAAGAUGAUGGAAGUAGGAGCAGCAAGCUGGAUCUUCCCAACAAAGGCAUUCUGAUUCCUCUCCUGAGUGUGAUCUACUUAAAUGAUUACUGUGCCACAGAAGAAGAGGUCUGGAACUUCCUGAAUAUGUUAGGAGUCUAUGAUGAAGUCCCACACCUCAUCUUUGGUGAUAUCAGGAAGCUCAUCACUCAAGAUCUAGUGCAGGAAAAGUAUCUGGAGUACCGUCAGGUAGCCAAAAGUGAUCCUCCACGUUUUGAGUUCCUGUGGGGUCCAAGAGCCCAUGCUGAAGCCAGCAAGAAAAAGGUGAUAGAGUUUUUGAGCCAUGUCAGUAAAACCGGUUCUACUGCCUAUCCACACAAUUAUGAAGAAGCUCAGAAGAAAAAGAAAUGGAAAGCUGAAGCUGAAAGUGCAGCCCAGGGGCCCACUAAGGGCAAGGGUAAGGGCAAGCGCAAGCGCAAAGGCAAAGAAUGUCCAGCUGCGAAACCUGCCACGGAGAUCUAA